AUGAUUGCCGCCGCGUGUAAGCUCUCCAAUGAGUUCCUCAGUAUUAAAAGGGAGAAGAAAAUGCACCGCUAUGUGUUUGUCUACACACGCAGAUCAGUUGCCCGGUCCUUUGUCGGGAUUGCCAUGGGGAAAGGCGACGCACGUAACGGUACAAGCGCGAGUGAAGGAAAAAAAUGCUUGCGACAUUUGGUGAGACUGCAAAGGGAGUUAUAUUCUUUACUGAAUGUGAACCGGUGGAAAUAUCAUUUGUCGUCCCCAUCGGAUAGACUACACAGCCGGGCAGCACCAACAGAGCUUUCAAAUGAAGGAUCAGUAAAACUUUGGAAUGAAGAUUCAGUGGAAGUCCCGGUCGAGAUCCCAAACCACCUGAACAGGUCAGUCAGAAAAUUGCACAAAGGAACCCCCUUGGAGGAAAGAAACACCAUGAUGGCAAAAACGGUGGAGCAAAAAUACAUCGAUGAAACACUCAAUCGUAUGUACAGCCUAAUGAGUAGAACCGCCCUGAGCAAAGUUCUGCAACUGAGUGAACAAGUAAGUAACAAGGAUCUGUACAAAACGGUUUUAAUGAAGUACUUCCAUAAGAUUAACAGAAGGGAUAGAAGGGGAAUGCGUCGCGGAAGGAGCAUCACUUGGUGCGGAGGCACGAAGAAUGAGUUGUUAAGUUUCUUUCUCAUGUGUGCAGACUACUACAUUCGCAUGCAGGGGGAUAGAGACAACGGUACGAAAAUACACACCUGUGAGAGUAACGAAUUUGAGAACACCUCCGAUGUGUGCAGAGACGUAUUGGGUAUCCUCGCGCAGGGAUUUCGCACAAACUCAGGCACCUUCAAACUGAAGGAAAUGAACGACUUGGUAUGUGCCCUACUCCGACUGAAAAUGGUUGAUCCCUUUGUGGUGGACGAGGACAUCACGAAUGAUCUGAUUAAAAGAUUUUCCUCCAGACUAUUACGACAGAACUGUACUGUGAUAGAAAGGGAGGAAGGUGAACCCAGUAGUGAGUCGUUAUCCCGAAACAGUGAAUUGACAUACCCGAGCGAAGAUAAUGACGGGGGUAGACCCGCAGUAUCUCCAACGGAACAACAAGGUGGCGCAUCCCCAUCGAGUGUAAUCCACCUGGGUGAUUUGGCUAAAGUCCUAUACCAAGUUGUCACGAUAAAUAAGCGUCUUGUGGAUAAGAAGAAAGACUCUCCAUUGGACAGAUUUACAAAGGAGCAAACACAUUUAGUGAAUGCUAUCCUUGCGUAUUCAAAAAAAGAAAUAAAAGAAGGCAAAGUUGUUAAGGAUAAGCUCUUCUGGCGGAGUUGCACUUCCCUGCUUUACAGCUUAACCGUCCUGUAUAACAAAACAUUGCACUCCGAUUGUGUGGAAAUAUAUGAUGACAUAAUGAAGGAAUAUGAUGAAUGUUUCGAUGUUUACUCGGAUCAACUCCUUAGCCUUAGCUGCCAAGAGUUUAAGAAUUUCGGAGAGGAGUACUGGCCUGAGGAAGGGGUAAAGAGAGAAUGUCUUCUUCGGAGUAUUUCCUAUUUUUCUAACUCCAAAGUGACGUCAAUCAAGUUCGUUCUUUCGAUGAAUGAGCAUCCUACGGAGAAACAAGGGUUCCUCUCCCUUGAGGAAUUAAUCAAGCUGUCGUACGCUGUGACAUUUUUUUACAAACAGUUGGGUUCUUCUGGGGAGGGCAUAAAAACGAAAUGGAAUCACCGUGUAAAGAGAGUUAUCUCUUCAUUGUUGAUUGUUACGGAUGGGUUUGUGGAACGCGCCGUUUUGGAUGUCCUUACAGUGAAGAAGCAAAAUGGUAUAGACGAGAUAAAAAUGCGCUCCUUACUUAAACGCCUAAGUCAUUUAGCAAAUGUGUAUUACGAACACCACAUUGGAGACAUGAAGGUUCUGUGUGCCUUAACCGUCUUAAUUAGCAAAUGCAGGGAUGUAGAUCUGGUGGUGCUAAGCAAUAUAUUAAAUAUUUUUACAAAGCUGAAUUUUUCCUAUGAAGCUUUUUUCGUCUGUUUGUUCUUUUCGAAUUGUAUGGGAAGGGGGCACUUGGGUGAAAACGUUUUGCGGGCGCGCUUUUUCGCGCAAAACGAGGGUAGUAGCCAAGUUACCUUAAGUGACCAGACUGAUGAGACGAACGCUGCUCAGGAAGAAAAAAGGAAGCCGAUCGCCUUCUACAUAUGGAGGGCUUUCCUUAAAUGUGUGAAGAGGAGCGUGGCAGACAAGCACAAGUUGAAAGACCUCUCCCCUGUUAAUAUCACCAAACUUAUGAAUGGGUUGAUCCAUUUCAAGUGUCUGGAUAAGCAGUCGAUAGAACUUCUGAUGAAGAUAAUAUCAGCGCAGUAUAGGAGAGGGGAAUCAGUUGGAAUUAUGAACCGGGCGGGUCACAACACAGUAAAUACCGAUGGUGAAGUAGUUGGCUCACCAAACUUCAACCUGGUGUCCCUAGGAUCGUUGCUCAAUUACAUGAGCAUGACUGACGACAUCCAAUGUUACGAUGCCAAGAUAAAGCUUGUUCAAAUGAUAGCUGACAAAGUAGUCAAGAGAGAAAAUUCGUUCGAUGCAAGAUUGCUCUGUAGCGUUUAUAUCAGCUACGCUAGAUUGAAUAUACACGACAUAGGUCUCUUUUACAUAAUAAGGAAAAGGCUUCAAUUGAAUGAGUUAAAUGAGGUGAAUGUGUUGAGCUUGCUUUCCUAUAUGAAUAAAGCAGGAAUAUAUGAUGAAAAAAUUUUACGCAUUUGCUUUAAUAAUGCCUUUGCCAAGUGGGAAAUGAAAACCAAGCAACGAUUGUCUUAUGGUGUUCACCUUUUAUUUAUUUUAACUUCCAUAAGUCAGACUUUUCUUUUUGACAAUUUCUACACAAUUCUUUUCCGCGCGUUGAAAAUAAUUUCCUAUGUGUACAGUGUGUGCAAAGAUGAACAUGAAGAUGAAGCAGAGAAAAAAAAAAAAAAAAAAAAAAAAAAAUUAUCGUACAAUUUUUUUUCCAUGUUGCUUAUCAGUCUGCACACAUUUCACCACUUUUUCUUGGACAUCCAUUUGGGGGGAAAUGGGAAAAGAGUUUUGGACAAUUUGAACAGAGAGUAUCUGAAGAUUUUAUAUUUUUUUUUAUGUCAACGUUGGGAAGUGAUAGAGGGGAUGGGCGCCACCAAUUCACAAAUUCAGAAGAAUGUCUUGACCUCCCUGCGGCAGGUGGUGAACAAAGACGUAUCCAUCUGCUAUGAGUACGCCCUGAGCGGCACGCCAUACCUGGUUGACAUGGUACUGCAGCGGGGGGGGGGGUGA